AUGGCAGACUGCAACAUAUCGUCAAACUACACCAUCAUCGAUGCUCCCGACGACAGCAAGACCGUCUCAACAUGCGAUGCGAUCGACGGGUCUCUCUCUCUUUUGUUCAACAGCGCCCCCUCCGCCUGGCCUAGCGAAGCAUCAGUCGACCUCGGCAGCGUCGGGUCCAUCGAAGGCGACCUCGUAAUAUACCCGUCCAGCCAACCGGAGAAAACGACGGCCACGGCCAAGAGUCUGAAGAAGGUAGAUGGCGAUUUGACUAUUUCAGUCACGGGAACGACCACCUCGGUCAAGGAGGUCCAAAUAUCGUUCCCGGCCUUGGAGCAGGUCCAGAAAAACUACGUCAUCUCCGGGCCAUACCAGAGCUUCACGGUUGAGCAUGCCAAGUCUCUCACCGUCGGUGGGUUGAUGCGGGUGAGCGACCUCGAAUCAACCGACCUCUCCCUCGGCGGCGUGAGCUCCGUAAAGCAAGAUUUCUCAAUCAACUCGAAUAAGAACCUCCAGACGUUGACGGUGGGCGACCUGACGACCGCGGAGAAGGCUUUCGCCCUGACGGCCCACAGCAAGCUCACCAAGGCGACAUUCGCGAGCCUCAAGACCAUCAAGGGGGAUGGCACCAUCUACCAAAACGCGGCCCUUACCUCCUUCGCACUGCCCGCGCUCGAGACAGCCGGCACCUUUUCCUUCACCUCGAACGGGGCAAACGCCGCUCUCUACCUCCCCAAGCUGCAGUCCCUCGGCAGUGGCAAUAGCUCUUCGACAUCGACGUUCGACUCGCUGAGCAAAAUCCAGCUGGCUUCCCUUACGACCGUCAAGGGCGCCCUCGCCUUCCAGUCCACCUCCAUCGAGGACCUUACCGUGCCCCUCCUCAAGAACCUGAACGGGAGCAUCACCGUCCAGAGCAAUCCGAGCUUGACGACGCUAGCCCUCCCCCGUGUGAGCACCCUCACGGACAUCUUCAUCAAGAAGAACGACAAGUUGACCAACUUCACCGCCAACGCGCUCAAGUCGGUGCACUCCAUCUCGAUCUCGGGAUCUCUCACAAACGUCGAGUUCUUCGGGCUCAAGGAGGUGACGGGGGACUUUGAGGUCAGCGGGGGCAGCUCGAUGGACUGCUACUGGUUCCAGCAGAACCUGAAGAAGAUCGUCAAGGGCAAGUUCAACUGCGUGGGCAACUACGAUGAGAAGGAGCGCAAGUCCAGCACGGGCGGGAUCGAGAACACGGAGGGCAACCCCAACGACUACAUGACCGACAUCCCAAACGACACCACCGGCACCAACGGCGGCUCCAACAACGGCGGUGGAUCAAACAGCGAUAACAAGGAUGAGGCCGGCGGCAGCGGAGGAGGUCUGUCCACCGGGGCAAAGGCUGGCAUCGGGGCCGGCGUCGGCGUCGCGGCCCUGCUCGUCCUCGCCCUCCUCUUCUGGCUGUGGAGGAAGCGGAGGGAGGAGCCCAGCUCGCUGAAGCUGUCCGACUCGCCGCCGCCGUCCCUGCCCGUCCUGCCCAUGAUGGAGAAGCACACGGUCAUCAGCAGCAGCAGCAGCGAGGAGGUCAACAGCCAGUACAGCAGCCACUACAGCGUCAACAACCCCAACGAAGUCACCAUGGCCAGCGGGGCCAUCAACAACAACAAUAGCAGCAACAACAGCAGCAACGGCGGCAAUAACAACAGCCGAUCUAGUAUCUACGAGGGCGACCAGAAGCUGGGGGUGUACACGACCAUCGAGGCCACCGGCGAGCCCUCGUCGCCGUCCCAGGUGGGGACACUGAAUUUUGGGCGUAUUUCUUUGUUGAGCUCGGCGUCGAAGAGGCUGUCGGACAAGGGCAUGGGCGCCUGGAAGACGAUCCGGAGAGUGAGCGUGUCGUCGGGGGAGGAGGAGGCGAACACCAGCAACAGCGGCAAGAGCAAUAAGAGUGGCAACGCCUCAUCCUGA